AUGGUGAAACGCAAAGCGGAAAGCCCGAGCCAAGCUCCAGGACCGGCUGACAUCAAGAAGUUCAGAGCCAGUGCAACUGAGGUUGGCCUCAAAUCAAAUCUCUUGGACGAUAGUGAUUCCGGCAGCGAUUCUGACGGCGGGGUCAACGUUAAGAAGCUUGAGUUCACGAUUAACCACGAAUACGCUAAGCGCUUUGAACACAACAAAAAGAGAGAGGAACUACAACGCCUCGAGGAAAAGUACCAAGACACCGCCCGGAAAGCUAAGGGUCAAUACGGUGACAAGUACGAAGAGGAUUCUGAAUCAUCUGAUGACGAGGAAGAGGACGAUGAAGGAAUUCUUGCAACAGAGGAGCUAGACGCUCAAAUUUCUGACGCACUGAAUGCAAUCCGUUCCAAGGAUCCGAGAGUGUACAAGACCGAUGCCACCUUCUACACUCCGAUAGAGGAAUACAUCGAUGUAGCGGCACCAGAAGGUCCCGAAACGAAGAAGCAAAAACCCAUGUACCUGGGUGAUUAUCACCGGGAGAAUCUGCUGAAAGGUCACCUCGAAGGGGAAGAGAAGGAGGCGCACGCGCCACAGACUUUUGCACAAGAGCAAGCAGAUUUGAAGAAGAUGAUCGUGAAAUCAAUGCAUGAUGCCGCCGCUGAUGACCCGGACGAUGAAGCGAAUGAAGAUGGCGAAUUUCUCGUUCCGAAAUCAAAGUCCCGUCUCAUCAACGAAGCUGUACAUCCAUCGAGGGUGGAGAAUGUCAACAUUGAUCUUGAUAUUGCUUCAGCGGAGAAGAACCCCGAAACCUUUCUUUCGAAUUUCAUGGCAGCACGCGCCUGGGUACCAAGUGAUGGGGCACGUUUCCAACCUUUGGAAUCUGACGAUGAGGAAGAGGAUGAGCGUGCUGAGAAGUUUGAGGAGGCAUACAACCUGAGAUUUGAAGAUUCUCAAGGAAGUAACGAGGUCUUGAAAUCCUAUGCAAGAGAUAUAAUUGCUGCAAAGUCAGUGAGGAGGGAAGAACCAAGUGGUAGGAAAAAGCAACGGGACGUUAUGCGAGAGAAGGUGGAGGCCAGCAAGAAGGAGCGAGAGGCGGAGAGGGCUCAAUUGCGACGGCUGAAGAUCGAGGAAGCCGAGGAGAAGCUCAAAAAGAUCAAGAAAGCUGCAGGAAUUAGGGGCAAGACGCUGAGAGGAGAGGAAUGGGCAGAUUUUCUGGACAAUUGCUGGGAUGAUGAGAUGUGGGAAUCGGAGAUGAACAAACGAUUCGGUGAGGAGUACUACGCGGAAUUGGAGGCCAAAUCGGAUGACGAGUAUGACGAAGCGGAAGCAAAACGUGGCAAGAGAAAGGUCAGGAAACCGAAAUGGGACGAUGAUAUUGAUAUUAAGGAUAUUAUUCCGGAGUUCGAUGAGGACAGUUCGAGGAAAGUCGAGUUCGCACUUUCAGAAUCCGAGUCGUCGGGAAGGGAAGGCGAUAGUACACUCAGUAGGCCAAAAGCAAGCAAGGAUCGUCAACAUGAGAAACAGGCGAAGAAGAAGGCCACUCGCCUGGAAAGGAAGAAGCUGGAGGAAUUAGUGGACAGCAAAAUGGGUUUCGACAUAACCACCAACUCCAAUCAACCCACACUAUUCCGUUAUCGCGAUACCUCGCCCACGACAUUUGGAUUGACAGCACGAGAUAUUCUGAUGGCCCCUGAUGCAUCAUUAAACGAGUUUGCUGGUCUCAAGAAGAUGGCUACCUUCAGGGAUGCCGAGAAGAAACGGAAAGACAAGAAAAAGCUUGGGAAAAAAGCUAGGCUGCGCCAAUGGAGGAAGGAGACCUUCGGAAAUGAAAACGGCCCCGAGAUUAUUUUGAACAAUGGCGAACCGCAAGUCGAGGCUGACGAUGACGCUGAUGUUUUGGAAAUGGGCAGGAAGAAAAAGAAGAGGUCAAGGAAGAGCAAGACCGUCCCCAGAACAGCUUGA